ACAUAUUCUACCUUCUAUCAUCGAUUCCUGCGAUAGCACUCAUGCUCUAGGUUGAGCUUGGGCGCUUUUCAGAACACAAAUACACGUCUACACCGUCAAGGUCUGACCCGAACCCAAUCACAGAGCAACUCGUUGCGCAGACGCAAUGAACCCGGCACAUCGCGACGGGUGGCCACCUGCGCAGCCGAAUGGCCCAGGACCAGGACCACAGCAAACAGAACAAGCGUCGGGACAACCUCCACGACAGCUAGGUACAUAUGGGCCAGGCGCUGCCAACCAACAGGCACCCUCACAUGCUUCCCCAGCGCAGAACUCGGGACCUGUCCUCCCUCCACCGUCAGGAGCUCCUUUCUAUUCCUCGAAUUCUGCCUCAGCGCACAAUCAGAAUCUUCCCUCGCUCCCCGGGUUGACGGGACCCCCUCAAGCGUCACCACAUCAAUCUGCCCAGCGACCGCCCUCUUCAGAGUCUGGACCCAACGCACAGAAUCCGCAAGGUCCUCCGCAAGGUCCUCCAUACUCGCUACCGGGCAUAUCGCAGACCCUCCAACAGGCGCAGAAUCCUGCGGCUGCGGAGAGAGAAAGGGAAAUGCGCGAGCGGGAGGCUCGAGAGCGAGAACUCAUGGAGUCGCAUGCUGCGCAACAACAUGCCGCGCAACAUGAGGAGCUCAUAAAGCGCGAGGCCGACCAGCGCGACAGAGAACUCAGAGAGCGCCAACAGCGCGAGCAGGCUGCACAUGAAAACCACACUGGUCCUAUCCAGAUUCACCAGCCAGUCGCAGUAGCACCUUCGGCAAGGACCAUACACGGACCCAAUGGCCUUUUGGGCCAGACGGGACCUUUGGGCGGGCCGAACGCGGUCCCUGGUCCCACGAGCGGCGCGAACGCGCCAGGUGGUGGCAUUUACAAUGGCCCGGCUCAGCAAGGAGAGACAACCCCAAGGAUGCAGCAUGCAGUACAACCUCCCCCGCAGCAAACCAUGCUCAUGCCAUUUGGUGGUCCCCCAGGAGGCCCCAUGGCGGCCAUGGGCCAAGGGCAACAGCCAAUUCUGAAUGACGCACUCAGCUAUCUCGACCAGGUCAAGGUCCAGUUUGCGGAUCAUCCAGAUGUUUAUAACCGAUUCCUGGACAUCAUGAAGGAUUUCAAGAGUGGAGCAAUCGAUACCCCAGGUGUCAUUGAACGGGUUUCCACUCUUUUCGCUGGAAAUCCCAAUUUGAUUCAGGGCUUCAACACCUUUCUUCCUCCAGGCUACAAGAUUGAGUGCGGCACAAAUGGAGAUCCAAACGCCAUUCGAGUCACGACACCAAUGGGUACAAUGGUAUCAACCAUGCCAGCUGCCAGGCCACUGUCGCCUCCUAGAAGCACUGCGGUGAAUGGAAACGCUGCUCCUGCGAACGAAAGCCCAUACGAGGCACAGCAGACCCGAUGGCAACAACAGCCGAGGAAUCCAGGUCCUGAGCAACAAGAUACCUUCUUUUCGCCUAACGGCAGGGCCCUCGGACAGCCACUUUUUGGACCGCAACAAGGCCAGCCUGCACCAACGCCUCUUUCUCCCGAGGUUAGCAAUCGUGCACACCCUGAUGCGGUUACCACGGCCGCAGCCAUGGCUCACCAGCAAGAGCAGAGGGGCGUAUCCCAACUACAGAAUGCCGUCUCUGCAGCAACAGGACGUGCGGUGAUGUCCCCUAGCAGAGAGCUUGGUGUCCCUCUUCCAGGACAGGCUGCCAACGGAGGCAUCCAGCCUGGCCCGAUGGGUGGUGUUGGCGCUGAGAAACGUGGACCUGUGGAGUUCAAUCAUGCGAUUAGUUACGUGAACAAGAUCAAGAACCGAUUCGCCUCGCAGCCAGAUAUCUACAAGCAGUUCCUGGAGAUACUCCAGACAUAUCAGCGUGAAUCAAAGCCAAUCCAGGAUGUGUACGCGCAAGUAACCACUCUAUUCGGUGCUGCGCCCGACCUUCUGGAGGACUUCAAGCAAUUUCUUCCGGAAUCGGCUGCUCAACAUCGUCAGCAACAACAGCAAGCGGCGAGACAAGCUGAAGAUGCGGCUGCCUUUAAUAAUACACGGGAGCCAGCCUACGGACAGACACCAAACCAUCAGCAAACUCCUCGUGCGGAAGCUUCGCGACUUCCACCCAUGGGCAACUUUGCGCCAACGCCUACUGCGAAUCGCGACAACAAGCGCAAGCGUGGCGAACGCCAGAACGCUGGACCUGCGGCCGCUCCUGUUCCCCCUCCUGCACCACAGGACGUGCCCACCUCUAACAUGAGGAGCAGCUUCACACAAGGGAACAUCAAUAAGCGCGCAAAGACAGGUCAUGCUGCAAAGCAGCCCUUGGUUACGGAUGGUCCACCGGUAUCGCCAUCACUCACACCGGCUCUCCCCGAGCCUUUGCCUCCAAGCACAACUACAAGCCCUAACCAGGAAGAGCUGGCUUUCUUCGACCGCGUGAAGAAGUUUAUCGGCAACAAGAACACCAUGAACGAGUUCCUCAAGCUUUGCAAUCUCUUCUCGCAGGAUUUGAUCGACAAGAAGCUGUUUGUGGUACGCGCGCAAUCCUUCAUCGGCGGAAAUCAGGAGCUCUACUCUUGGUUCAAGAAGUUCAUGGGCGAGGAAGAAGAGCAGCAGGUCAACACUCGACCCAAGACGGUCAACUCCAGGGUAUCUCUCUCGAAUUGUCGCAGCCUUGGUCCCAGCUAUCGCCUGCUCCCUAAGCGCGAGCGUGAACGUGUGUGCAGUGGCCGCGAUGAACUCUGCCGCUCCGUUCUGAACGACGAAUGGGCAUCGCAUCCCACCUGGGCUUCCGAGGACUCUGGUUUCGUCGCCCAUCGCAAGAAUCAAUUCGAGGAAGGUCUUCAUCGCAUUGAGGAAGAGCGACACGACUACGACUUCAACAUCGAGGCUUGCACACGUACCAUUCAGCAGCUCGAGCCUAUCGCCAGCCAGAUCCUCGCACUCAAGGGAGACGAGCGACUGCAUUAUCGUCUUCCACCCGCACUUGGUGGCCAGAGUGAGAGCAUCUACAAGCGAGUCAUCAUGAAGAUUUACGGCCGUGAGAAGGGCCAACAGGUCAUCCAAGAGCUCUUCACUCUUCCUUUCGGUGUCGUUCCGGUCUUACUCCAUCGACUGAAAUCGAAGUUGGAAGACUGGAAGGCCGCUCAGCGGGAGUGGGAGAAGGUGUGGCGCGAGCAAACGCAGAAGAUCUUCUGGAAGUCCUUAGACCACCAGAGUCUUUCAGUUAAACAGAAUGACAAGCGACAGUUCCAGCAAAAGUCCUUGUCGAACGAGAUUCAGGUCCGCUACGAGGAGCAGAAGCGGAUGCAGGAGAUCCAGGAGCUUCCUCAACCUGAUUAUCAAUUUGCAUUCUCCUUCAAGGACGAGGACGUCCUUAUUGACGUCGCUCGUCUCAUUCUCGCCUACGCGGAGAACAACACCGGUGUCGACUUCGCAAAGGUCGUUCCUUUCAUCAAGGAGUUCGUCCCGCUCUUCUUCGGCAUUGAUUCGACAAAGUUCGAUCAACGGGUCCAGAGCUUUGCUCGUGAUUCUUCCAGCAACGAAUCUGGUGAGGACACUCCUAGUGCGGAGGAGGAUACGUCCAACCGUUCACAGAAGCAGAAGAAGGGCGACCUGCGACGUGGCGUCCUUGACCCUCGUGGAAAGUCGCGCAAGGAGAAGGAAGACAGCACCGCGUCAGCUAGCCGAGAUACCACUCCAGACGUGACAUCCGCGGCUGAAGAAGAAGCUGCCGAGAGCUCAAAUUCGAACGGCAACGGCAAUGGCACCGGCGAGCGCAGUUCAGCACGAUGGGUCGAGCAUUCGGCUCAACCGACAGCAUUGGGUGAUCGGGAGCUCGAGCAUGAUGAGCCGUACCGCCGUACCGUGUACAACAUGUACGCGAACUCGCCGAUCUACUGCUUCUUCCGCAUGUUUGUCUACCUGUAUGAGCGACUUCUUAAGCUCAAGGAGAACGAGGAUGAAGUACGGGAGACCGUCACACGCGCAUUGGUGCACAAGCCGGCACACGAUCUCAAGAUGCUUGACAAGCAGCCCUCGGAUUUCUUCAAGGACACCUCGCCUACUGCCAAUUAUUACCAACAGAUCCUUGAUCUACUCCAGGAGCAAAUCCUCAGUGAAGUCGACAUGGCGACUAUCGAGGAGACGCUGCGACGAUAUUACUUGCAGUGCGGAUGGCAAAUGUACUCCUUCGAUAGGUUGAUGGGGUCUCUUGUUCGAUUCAGUCUGGCAGUUGUCAGCCAUGACAACAAGGAGAAGACACAAGACAUCUACAAUCUCUUUAGGAAAGACCGGGUCAACGAGGUCACCACACAUAAGCAAGAAAUCGGCUACAGGAAGGCCGUGGAGAAGUUUGCAAAGGAUGCAGACACAUACCGCAUUGCCUACGAUCCUGCUAAGAUGACAGCCUAUAUUCGCCUCUUCAAGAAGGACGAUCCUACAUUCGACCACAGUGUGUUGGACCGUGUCAAGCGCUGGCGAUGCUACGUUGCUGCGUACAUGGCCGUGGAACCCACCGAGGGAGUUCAGCUCAGCAAAGUGCAUAGCCCUUAUCUCAAGAACAAGCUGGCAAAGAGCCACGAACUCGCCGAUGACGAGCGAUUCGAUUUGGUCAACCACUUGGAUAAGAUCACCGUGUCAGUUAGUCCCGCCGGGUACACCAUGAAGUUCAUGGCGACCGAGCCCUUCGGCGUCGGAGGAGUCCAGUAUUUCGUCCAACCCGACAGGGUUCGUGCUGGAGCUACCGAAGGCCUCAAGAACCCGGAAGAGGAAUACAAAGCCCUCCGAGAAUCCAGGAAGGAGCGUAUCCAAGAGCGCCUCGCCCGGAACACCACCUGGAUGAAGGACCUCAGUCGCGACGACGUCGACGCCGUCAAGGCCGCGCUGAAGAAGGAUCUCGAGGAGCCCAAGAAGGUCGAUCAGCAAGCCGAGGAGGAAGACGUCGAGAUGGCUGAGUCAUAGAGCAAGCACUACAAGGCAUUCACUGCGGGCAUAACGAAAGGCGAGGGCAUUGGUUUCAGUUCAGGUUGCAUAUUUCCCCAUUACCGAGCGAACGAGACGAAGAAGACAACAAUAAAAUUAACAUUUUCCUGGCGCAUCAAUCACAUCAUCACAUGCAAGAGAGAGGGGCGGGAGUGAGAACGAGAAUUC